CGGAUUGGCUGGCGGCCCCGAGCCACUGCGCGCGCGCAGUGCAGCCUGGGCCCCGGCCCGGCUCGGCUGAGGAAGGAGGCAAGAUGGUGCUAGAGAGCACGAUGGUCUGUGUUGACAACAGCGAGUACAUGAGAAAUGGGGACUUCCUCCCCACACGCCUGCAGGCCCAGCAAGACGCCGUCAACAUUGUGUGCCACUCGAAAACCCGCAGCAACCCUGAGAACAACGUGGGCCUCAUCACUUUGGCCAAGUACGGCCCUCGUAGUAACUGUGAAGUGUUGACUACGCUGACUCCAGACACUGGCCGGAUCCUGUCCAAGCUACAUGCGGUUCAGCCCAAGGGGAAAAUCACUUUCUGUACAGGAAUCAGAGUUGCUCACCUGGCUCUGAAACAUCGUCAAGGCAAGAAUCACAAGAUGCGCAUCAUUGCCUUUGUCGGGAGCCCAGUUGAAGAUAACGAGAAGGAUUUGGUGAAGCUGGCAAAGCGCCUUAAAAAGGAGAAAGUCAACGUUGACAUAAUCAAUUUUGGAGAAGAGGAAGCCAACACAGACAAGCUGACGGCUUUCAUUAACACCCUGAAUGGCAAGGACGGCACUGGCUCCCACUUAGUGACCGUGCCCCCAGGCCCAAGCCUGGCUGAUGCACUGAUCAGCUCUCCUAUUUUGGCUGGGGAGGGAGGUGCCAUGCUGGGCCUGGGUGCCAGUGAUUUUGAGUUUGGAGUGGAUCCCAGCGCCGACCCAGAGCUGGCUUUGGCUCUGCGUGUGUCCAUGGAAGAGCAGAGGCAGCGGCAGGAAGAAGAGGCCCGGAGAGCUGCAGCUGCAUCCGCUGCUGAGGCAGGAAUCACUGCUGCUGGCGGGGAUGAUUCAGACGACGCCCUGCUGAAGAUGACCAUCACCCAGCAGGAGUUUGGCCGUGCCGGGCUGCCAGACCUCAGCAGCAUGACCGAGGAGGAGCAGAUCGCCUAUGCCAUGCAGAUGUCUCUGCAGGGGGCAGAGUUUGCCCAAGCCGAAUCGGCUGAGGUCGAGAGCAGUGCCGCCAUGGACACGUCGGAGCCCACAAAGGAGGAAGAUGAUUACGACGUGAUGCAGGACCCUGAGUUCCUCCAGAGUGUGCUGGAGAACCUGCCCGGUGUUGACCCCAACAACGAGGCCAUCCGCAACGCCAUGGGCUCCCUGGCCUCUCAGGCAUCAAAGGAGAGUAAGGACAAAAAAGAGGAGGAGAAGAAGUGACGGCGUUGCAUCUGCGCCCUGACCUGUGAUGGCUUCUAUGCCCUGCAUGUUCCAGCCCUGUCACCCAGCACCUCCAGCUUCUGCGUGCCCCUUGCUCACAGGGGCAGGCGCUGGGCACAGGGUAGGAGGGUUUUGGGGUUUUUUCUUGGUGUAACAAUUAAUAAAAAAGUUCAGCUUUC